AUGCCGAGGCAAACCAAGAAGACCACCACCAAGAAACCACACACAACCAAACCGGUGACUAAAGUUGAACCAUCCCUUGAAGAGACUAAAUUAGAAGAGUUACAUGACAAGGAGUAUGUUCCCCCCACAGAGAAAGAGAAAUUUAUGGAGGAGAUUAAGAAGAUGCCCGACGGAGCGACGACCUCUGAUGCGCGUGAUGAAGAGCACAAGUUUUGGCGGUAUGAGCCGGUCAUUGGGACUGGUGUAGUUGUUCCGAAGGAUUACAACCACCCGAUUCAAGAAGAUUUGACUGUCGACAAGAUAUCGAAAGUCCCCGCCAACCUUCCCCGGGAAGACAUGAAGUAUGUGAUAGUCGAUAUCGAUGACGAGAAAGAGAUGGACGACGUCUACAAUUUAUUAGCGAAGAAUUAUGUCGAAGAUGACGACGCGACGCUCCGCUUUGACUAUAAAAUCGACUUCAUCAAGUGGUGUCUGAAAGUCCCGAAUUACCAGAGGAAUUGGUUCAUUGGGAUUCGGUUGGAGAACACCAACGAGUUGAUUGGCUUCAUCACCGGAGUUCCUUCGUUGAUCAAAAUUUACGACAAGAAAGUCCCCGUCGCAGAGAUCAACUUUUUGUGCAUCAAAAAGGAGAUGCGGAAGUUCAAAUUGGCACCUCUGUUAAUUAAAGAAGUCACACGACAAGUCCACUUGUAUGGAAUAUUCCAAGCAGUUUACACGAGUGGGACGGACCUCCCGAAUGUUGUGUCGACGGCGCAAUACUUCCAUCGCCCACUCAACCCUAAAAAGCUCGACGCGAUUGGAUUUUCGUCGUGUAAUGAAAGAUUGACGAUGCAGCGUGCUGUGAAGCUCUAUAAAUUGCCAGACGAGCCAGUUACGCCGGGGUUUAGAAGAAUGGAAGUGAAAGACGCGAAGGAAGUCACUGAGAAGCUUAACAUCUUCUUACAAAGGCAUCACGACUUGACUGUCUUAUUUGAUGAGGAGACAGUCAUCCACUCGUUUAUGACUCGAGAGAACAUCGUGGAGAGUUUUGUGAUAGAAAGAGACGGGAAAAUUGUCGCGUUCUCUGCGUAUUAUAUCUUACCCAGUUCUAUUCUGAACUCGUACGAAUAUAAGGAACUCUAUGUUGCUUAUCAAUAUUACUACUUCUAUGAAGCCGACGUCGACGCAAAGGCAUUCUUUAAGGACAUGCUGAUCUGCGCAAAUAAGUCGAAGUGCGACGUAUUCAACUGCUUGAACUUGUCGCAGAACACUAAGUACAUUGCAGACUUACUCUUUGUCCCCGGGAGUGGGUAUUUGAAGUACUAUCUUUACAAUUGGGCGUGUCCAAAGGUUAAUCCAGACAAACUCGAUAUCAUCUUACAAUGA